GUUUCUGUUAUAUCAGUAAGCCCUUUAACUUUUCUUGGAUUGCAAAUCCUGUAAAGGUGUGGAUGGGAAACCUGCGAAUAUGCAGAUCUACAUUUUUUUAAAGUGAAAAAUCUCUCUCCAUGCCCAGUAUAAAGGAACCAGUAAUGAAGAAUGAGUCCAGCAAUUAAAAAGACAAUUUACAUUUAUCUUUUCCAGAAUAGAUGUGUAUCAGUGCAGUUAAUUUAAUAUUUAAAUCAAGAAUCCAGAAAAAUGCAAGUACCUUUGCCAUAAUAAAAAUGCAUAACCCAAUUUUAUUUUCUAUGAGGAGGUGGUAUCAUCAGGACAAAGACUCCAUUGUAGAUUUAGAUUGAUUUUGACUUUCCUUUGCAUGAAGUGAGGAGAGAGUGACAACAGUGACAGUCUAAUGCAUGAUGAAAUUUACUAAGCAGAAUUUUAUUUUUUUAGUUGGUGGAAUUAUAAUUUAUGUAGUUGAUAUUGGAGUGGACUUCUGGGUAGCUAGUAAAUAUUUCUGUCAAGGUCAAUAUUCUUGGAGUAUAUUGAUACUGUGUUUUAGAGGUCUUUCAUCAUUAAUAACUCAGAUAUUUAGUUAUGAGUGGUUUAAAAAUGACUGGGAAGGUACUAAUACCGCGAAGCUGAAAUGGAUUUUUCUCGUUCAUGUCUUUCAGUGUGGAAUUUUUAUAAGGUAUUGGUUUGCUUUGAAGUAUGGCUGUCAAGCUGCAUUUAAACAAAACAGCAUCAGAGAUGCAUCAGAAACAGACCCUCCCGACUAUAUUCAAAAAAAAUCCGUUGAUGCAGUGACUGAUAUUAACAUGCUCAGAGUGUUCAAGACUUUUCUUGAGACCACACCACAGCUUUUUGUCCAAAUUUACAUCCUCAUGGAACAUGGCAAAAAUAAUAGCUAUCAAUAUGCUGCCAUUAUUAUGUCUUUUUGUGGUAUCUCCAUUUCAACGGUUGAUUAUCAGAUAUCAUUACGAACAUCUCUGCCUGAUAAAGCUGAAUUUCAUGUGCUUCCAAAGUUAGUGUAUCUCUUCUACAAACUGCUUACCAUCACUUCUUGGAUACUCAGUAUUUCACUGAUCACUCUACUAAGUGUUAGAAGUUCUGUAAUUCUGCUGAUAUUUCUUUGGAUCUGUGGCUUCACCUGGGUUUUGAAACAACAUACGACAUUUUGCAAAUCUAAGAAGAUGGAAUAUCUGUACAGAACUGUUGUUGGAAUAAUUCUAAUUUUUACCUUUUUUAACAUAAAAGGGAGAAAAACAAAAGUUUGCAUUUCUAUUUAUUAUGCCACUCACACUGUUGUAACUCUAGGUAUUUUGUCUGUUUAUAUGUUUUGGAAACCUUCCAUCAUCAAGGACAUACAUUUUACAAUUGUGAGUAUCCUAACUAUUCUUAGUCUGGUGUUAGGUAUUAUUUUUCUUAUUGUUUAUUAUAGGCAUUUUCAUCCCACUGCUUAUUGCAGACCACAGGAAUAUUCAGAUGAAGUUGAUGGAGAGGCAGGACAAAGAGUGGAAAUUGGCAGGUUUCAAAAUUUCAUAAUGCAAUGAACAGUAUAGAUUUUUUUGUGUGGACUUCAAAGCAAA